AUGAACUACAUCUAUCGAAGCGCUCGACAGGUCGUCAUCGUUCUGGACGACGUUAUCGUCACGAAAGCCGAGGAGGAGGCAGCAAAUCGAUGGUUCGACUACGCUCGCAACAAAGGCAACAUCUAUCCCGGCAGGCCAGGAUGGGAAUUCAGGUCCACCAAAAAGAAUUGGAGGCCGGAAUGUCGUGCGGCUCCCAUUCCACAUAUUUACGAGCUUAGGCACUUCUUCCGCGAGAGCUUCGCAGAUCCGCAAUUUGCCUUUCUGUCGCAAGUGAACAUCCGAUCUCCCUUCCAGCUGCCCUUUGAUCAGGAUGGGACGUACUAUGACUGCACUGGCCAGGACUCCGUCAUCCAGCAAAUAGACGGUGUCAUUAGAGCCGACUCCGAGAAUGCGCUGCAAAGUGCGGACGAGGCCUACUGGGUGUUCAUCGUGCUCGCUCUGGCCCGCGGCGAGGCUUGCGAGCUGGGUUUCAGUGGUAGUGUGCUCCGUCCGUUGCGUAACGGGGAGGAAAUCAUCUCUUGGGCCCAUCGGCCCCUCGCGGUGUCGCUUGAAUGCAGAGCGUUGUGUAUGACGAGCUUUGAAAAUUUAGCCAUAUCUGCUGUCACGCGCGAGUACAUCGAGCUUGACAUGCUCUUCAUACAAGCUGAACCCCUGCCGCCAACAUAUACUUCCCAGCAGCUGGCCGAACGAAAUAACUUCGAAGCCAUCUAUGGCCCGGCGAACCUGGAGUAUCGACUCUCCACCCGCGAUACUCUCGCCUGUUUCAUCGAUCGUGAUGCCAGCUGGAUGACCCCAGCCGUUCAGGCAUUUCUUCAACAACUUGUCCCAGAACGCGUCGUUGCCCCUCGAACAGUCGACUGGGAGCCAUUAGACGAAGAGCCGUUCUGGGAAGGAUUUCUCGGCACAUUUGAGAACGAGGAAGACUCUCCGCUUCGCCUAGCAGCCCGAGAUCUCCUUACCAUCCUGGGGCCGAAUAGGAGCCCUACCAGCCCUGAUUAUGGAGGAGUACUUGAAACUAUCUCUCUUCUCCUAGCUCUUCUCACGGAUCCUCGAUUUCGCGAAUUCUAUCGGGACAUGACCUCCGUGGGCCGUCUCGGACAGAGAUUACGCUUUGCUUCCGCGUCUCCGCUGUUCGAAUCGGGUCUUUGCAGUACCGGUCUGUUUUGCAAACCAAGGAUGUUAUGUGAAAAGGUGCUGGGUCCUGGAGGCAAUGGGUAA